AUGAGUUGUAAUCAACCUGAUUUGAAAUUUCUAAGUGCCUUUUCUUUCUCCCCACCACUUUCAGACGCUCUGGUUGUUCGUCCACCUGUUGCAGCGCUGUUUGUUCCAUCUGUUGCACCGCCGGUUAUUACUCCAUCUGUUGCUGCGCCGGUUGCUUCCUUGAGUUCGGCUCUGAUUUCCAUCGAGAGCCUGACUGCCGAAGUUAAACAGAAGGCUACUCUAGAGUCGGCUCCGUCGUCUCAGAAGGCGGUUAGGUUCCCUAACCGACCUGGUUACGGUCAAUUGGGAAGGAAAAUUCAAGUUCGUGCUAAUCAUUUUCAGUUGCGAGUGGCUGAUAAGGAUCUACACCACUAUGAUGUAUCUAUUUCGCCAGAAAUUACUUCAAAAAAAGUGUGUAGAGAAAUUAUCAACCAGUUAGUUAAAAUGUAUAAGGAGAUGAACUUCCGGUUCUUCUUCCUCCGGACAUCCACCUCCUCCGUCAUAUAUAUGAGAAUCAAUCGGGUUAAACUUGACUAAAGCACGCUUCAUAUAUAUGAAUGUACUAGUACUCAUUAACUGUACUCAUACAGUAUCCUACAAGAUAUUUUACAACAUGUUUAAAUGAUAACAGCUAUGUUAACAAAAGGGCAACAAUUUCUACAUGUCUUGGUAAAAACAGUAAAAGUAAAGAAAGUGUAAUUACCGGGAAUAU